AUGGCAAGUCCACCGACUCUCCCUGUCACCAACCAGCAAGCUGUUCAAUCUCAGCCGCCAAUCAACACGCCUGCCUUCCGUAGCUUCUUCUCACGCCUCACCACCUCGAUCCGUGAUGGCUUAUCACAGCGCCGUCCAUGGACGGAGCUCGUCGAUCGGAGCUCCAUGGCGCGACCUGAAUCUCUCACCGACGCUUUGUCCCGGAUCAGGAAGAAUCUCGCCUAUUUCAAGGUUAACUACGUCGCAAUCGUCUCCCUCGUGCUCGCCUUUUCGCUCUUCUCGCAUCCUCUCUCCCUCCUUGUACUCGUCGGUCUCCUGGGCGGGUGGAUGUUCCUCUACCUCUUCCGGCCGUCAGAUCAGCCGCUGGUCGUCUUCGGCCGCACUUUCUCUGACCGAGAGACCCUCCUUGCUCUCGUUUUGUCGACGAUUGUCGUCGUGUUUAUGACGAGCGUCGGAUCUCUCUUAACCUCCGCGCUGAUGAUUGGCGUCGCGAUUGUUUGCUUACACGGUGCGUUUGUGGUUCCGGAUGAUCUCUUCCUGGACGAGCAAGAGCCUGCCAACGCUGGAUUGCUCUCCUUCCUCGGAGGUUCUGCUAAUUCGGCUGUUGCUGCCGUCGCGGCGAGAGGUUAA